AUGGAAGACCGGUUAAAGGAAGACAUAUUGCUAGAAGCUGCAAGAUGGUCAAAUAGUGGAUCAAUGGGAGCCAGUCACACCGACUCUGUCAAAACAUCACUACAGGUCUAUUUAGAAAUCCAAACAAGAAAAUUCCUUGUUGACUACGAACGCAUUCCAGCAACAGAUGAAAAAUCACCCAAGGAACAUGAUUUUGAUACGUUGGUUGAUAGAAUUUCAAGAGCUGAUCUUAAGACAGAAAUAAUCUUUAACUGCCAAAUGGGGCAUGGGCGUAUUACCACAGGGAUGGUCAUUGCCACAUUGAUCUAUUUAAAUCGAAUAGGAGCUUCUGGCCUGGGUAGACCCGUCUUUUGGCACAACAUGAGAGAAGAACCUGUUAUUUACAUUAAUGGAAAGCCCUUUCUGCUUCGUGAGGUUGAAAGACCCUACAAAAACAUGCUCGAGUAUACGGGAAUUUACUGUGAAAGAGUGGAGAGAAUGGAAGCUCGACUGAAAGAAGAUAUUCUCAAAGAACCUGAACGUUAUGGAUGUAAGGGCCGGCCCAAGGGCAGGGCGAGCUGGGCCGUCGCCCAGGGCAACAAUAUACCACGGGGCAUCAGAUAUUGUCCAACUCUUAUGGGGCAUCAUUAUGUCUUAUUGCCCCGGGCAACAUAUUUCUUUGGACCGGCCCUGGGUCCUUGCAUUGCAAUUGCCUAUUUAUCGGUUCUAAAGGACUGUGAGAUUCAUUGCUUUCAUGAAGGAUUGGAAGUCAAACGACUUGGUGGUCUCCAUGUCAUUGGGACAUCUUUGCAUGAGUCCCGAAGAAUUGAUAAUCAGCUUCGUGGCAGAGCAGGAAGGCAAGGAGAUCCUGGAUCAACACGCUUCAUGGUCAGGACUGUGAGAUUCAUUGCUUUCAUGAAGGAUUGGAAGUCAAACGACUUGGUGGUCUCCAUGUCAUCGGGACAUCUUUGCAUGAGUCCCGAAGAAUUGAUAAUCAGCUUCGUGGCAGAGCAGGAAGGCAAGGAGAUCCUGGAUCAACACGCUUCAUGGUCAGGUAAGUUCACUUAA